AAAUAGGGGAGUCUAUUUCUAAAUGAUUGAAAGUGUAAGGCCAUAUUAACAAUAAUAAUUUUUAUUAUCUAAACCCUAUCCCUCUAUCUUGGCCGCCGAUGCUGCCUUCUCCUUCGUGACAUCUUCUCUCUCCUUCCGUCAUCUGAAGUCUGAACCGCUUCUCCUCUGCGUCUCUUUACCUUUUCCUGUAUUUCUUUCUUCUUCGCACCAGAAAAUUCUUCCCACGAAUAAAGAAAAUAGAUGGAAAAAACCCUCCAAAAUCCUCCCAACUGGAAGUCAAAGUGUCUUGACUGAUUUACUCAGAUCCGGCCGUGUUGUGUCGUGUCGACGGAGACAAGGAGAACUCAGGAAAAAUGGAAAAUGGGUUUGUUCUUGAACCUGAGAAUGGGCAUAUUACUAAUGGGAAUCGCUCGAAGUCCUCACCAGAGACUAUUCUUACAUAUAAGAGGAGAAAGCGUGCCUCGGAAUUCGAAUGGCCGAAAUCUCCUGGGAAUUCAGCCGCUCAAAUCAAAGAAAAGUCAACAAAAGGAUUGCCAGAUAUCGAUUCCAAUGAAUGUUCAUGUCAAGGUCAAGUUGCAGGGAAUGGAUCCAGUUUCAGCAUACCUGUUUCCGGAAAUUUCUCUCGCAAUUACUCAAGGGCUCUUGUUUUGGAGCAAAUGUGCAAUUCUAUGGACGUUAAAGGUGGUUUAAUGGAAUUUAUUCAGGAUUCACUUCUUUUACCUACAGAAAAUGGUCACAUCUCCCGAUCCAAGGAUGACGAAGGAAGGAACUGCACCUCAACUUCUGGCCCAUCGGUUGCUGGCAUUCAGAAUGCUGUUAGGAGCAUGGAGGGUGGGAUGUUGAACACUUCUAUGAAUAAUGCUGACCGUAGGAAAGUGGCAGAUCUGUGCAAGCGGACAUUUUGCGAUGUCAUUAUGUCUGAAAAGUUUGCUCUUCUAUGCAAUGUCCUCCUUGAAAAUUUUCAUGGAAUUAAAGCCGACAAACUUCUUGAUAUUGGCUUUAUAAACUCAAGAAUGAAGGAAGGAGUAUAUGAAAAAUCACCUGGGCGCUUUCUCUCAGACUUUCAGCAGGUCUGGAUCAAGCUUCAGAAGUUUGGUGCUGAGAUUGUCACUCUUUCGAAGAAUCUUUCUGAGAAGUCAAGGGCUUCCUAUCGCGAGCAGAUUGAGGGCUUGUUUCAUGGUUUUUCUUCUGAUGGCCUCUGUGAGUUUGCUACUGAAAAUUCUGAUAUGCAUGCGAAAAUGGAGCAAUCAGAGGCUUGUGGUAUAUAUAAAGUUUGCACCUGCAAACAAUGUGGAGGCAAAGCAGAUGGCAAAGAUUUUCUUGUCUGUGAUUCUUGUGAGGAAAUGUAUCAUAUUUUCUGCAUUAAACCAGCUGUAACAGAAAUUCCCUUGAGAAGUUGGUACUGUGCCAGCUGUACGGCAAAGGGGGUUGCAUCGCCACAUGACAACUGUGUAGUUUGUGAGAGGUUGACUACCUCCAGGUCUCUGAUCCACGACGAAGUUGAUGAACUUAGCAAUACCGAUACAGUUAUGGAUCUUGAUGAGAGUUCAACUGACUUUGCAGAUGAUGAUAUUCGUUCACCUGCAGGUAAUUACUGCAACAUAUGUAAAAGUGAGACAAGGAAUGGUCAGAAGCUUAGAAUCUGUGGUCAUGAUUUCUGCCCUCACAAGUUCUACCAUGCAAAAUGUCUGACAAGUAAGCAAUUGGAUUCUUAUGGCCCUCGCUGGUAUUGUCCGUCGUGUCUGUGUAGAGUUUGCCAUGCUGAUCGUGAUGAUGAUAAGAUUGUCUUGUGUGAUAGCUGUGAUUAUGCAUAUCACAUCUAUUGUAUGGAACCACCUCGCACCAUGAUUCCUAAGGGUAAAUGGUUUUGCAGCAGAUGUGAUGCAGAAAUCAGAUCCAUACUUAAGGCUAAAAGGGCUUAUGAGAAUAUGCAAAGUAAUCGCGGAAAAAGAUCUGGGGAGGAGGGAAAGGCUUUUGAAAAGGACCUCAUGAGUGAGAAAGGGAAGAAGCAUGAAGAAAUUAAGAAAUCUGGGGGUGUCGACAUGCUUUUGAAUGCUGCUAUAACUCUUAACUAUGAGGAGAAUCUGGCCACAAGAAGGGCAAGGAGCUCACAUAAUUUGACGUGUUGACUGUUCUGAGGAAUAUAGUUCAUCUGACUGAAGUUUAUAUACAUAGGUUCCUUUUACUACAGAGACAUGUUUCGCAGUUCUGCUGCAUUUUGUAAGGAUCACUAAUGUUUAGCCUAGAUUGUAAACUUAGUAGGCUUAGAAGAUUCUGGGGCUGGGAGGCGGGCUCUGGGCGUGAUUCUUCUUCGAUGUAAAUCUUGGAUUUGCUUGCAGCUUGUAGUGGUAGAUUGUUUGCCUCCCCUGUAGAUGCGAAUUUCAGGGUAAUCUUUUCAGUAUAUGGUAUUCCAAGCGCAUUCCCGCUUUUGUCUUUAGGUGCCAUUUGCUGCCCAUUUUUUUUUUUUUUUUUUUGUCUAGAACAGUAAUUGUGAAAUUGUAAGGAUUAUUAUCACUUCCCAGAAUUCUCUUCGCCUUUUGUGAACUCACACCGAUGUCCUACCCGGAAAAGAUACCAUUUCGCUGAUUCUAACGUGUUGAAUCCCUUACCAAAUGGAAAAAGGAAGACCAAUAGUAGCAGGAUACCCAAAUUACAAGAUCAAUUGCAGCUUUGACAAUUUUAUUAUUAUUAUUAUUAUUUGGAGUCAAAAGUUUCUGAUAUUGUUUGUGUUCUUUGCUGAAGAAUUUUAG